AUGAAGCUGCUCACUGGCGACCUCAUCCGCCUCGUCGAGACGCCCAAGGAGCGCGCGGCUGACGCGCUGGCGGCGCUCGGCGGCGUCGAAGGCGUCGCGUCGUCGCUUGGCGUCGCCCUCGAGUCGGGUCUCGACAGCACCAACGCGGCCGACCUUGGCCAGCGCGAAGCCACGUACGGCAAGAACUACAUUGAGCCCGAGAAGCCGAGCACGAUCCUCGAGCUCAUGUGGCAGGCGUUCCAGGACUUGACGAUCAUCAUCCUGAGCGUGGCCGGCGUCUUCUCGCUCGUCCUCGGCCUUGUCGCGCCGCACCACUCGUCCGUGCCCAAGAACGGGACGGUCUCGAGCGGUGACGACGACGAGCCAAACACGGCGUGGAUCGAAGGCGUCUCGAUCCUCUUCGCCGUCCUCAUCGUGACGCUCGUGACGGCCAUCAACGACUACCAAAAGGAGAAGCAGUUCCGCGCUCUCAACGCGGUCAAGGAAGACGAGAAGAUCAAGGUCAUUCGCAACGGCGUGCCUGCCGAAGUGAGCAAGUUCAACCUCCUCGUCGGCGACAUUGUCCGCGUUGACCUCGGUGACAUCCUGCCCGCGGACGGCCUCGUCUUUGACGAGAACGACCUCAAACUCGACGAGAGCGCGAUGACGGGCGAGUCGCUCCUCCUCCGCAAGAGCCCGACGGAAGCUCCGUUUCUGCUCUCGGGCACCAAGGUCAUGGAGGGCGUCGGCAAGAUGCUCGUGCUCUGCGUUGGCGAAUCCUCCCAAGCUGGUAUCAUCUCCAAGCUCAUCAUGGGCAAGUCCACCUCGUCGGGCGCCAAGCCCCCGAGUCCUUCGGGCCCCCCUACGGAGAAGACGCCGCUCAUUGGUGAGAAAUCGACCCCCAGCGAGCCAGCGCAGCAUGACGAAGAUGUGGUAGUCUCGCCGCUGCAAGGCAAGCUGGACCAGCUUACGAUGCUCAUCGGGAAGCUCGGUCUUGCGACCGCCCUCAUCGUCUUCUUGGCGCUCGUCGUCCGCUUCUCGAUCGAAACGUUUGCGGGGCCCGACGGGAAGCCGUGGAGCAACGACUACCUCUCGGACUACCUUGGCUUCUUCAUCAUUGGCAUCACGGUCCUCGUCGUCGCGAUCCCCGAAGGUCUCCCGCUCGCUGUGACCAUCGCGCUUGCCUUCUCCGUCAAGAAGAUGCUCUUGGACAACAACCUUGUGCGUCAUCUCGACGCGUGCGAGACCAUGGGCUCGGCAACCACCAUUUGCUCGGACAAGACGGGGACGCUCACGACCAACCGCAUGACCGUCGUCGAAAGCUACGUCGGCGGCUCGGAGUUUUCGUCCGCCAAGAAGCUCCAGUCGGCCAUGGCUACCGAGACUGCGUCCAUCUUGAGCGACGGCAUCUGCCUCAACUCGACGGCCGAGAUCCUCCCGCCGCUCAAGGAGGGCGGCAAGCCCGAGCACACGGGCAACAAGACCGAGUGCGCGCUGCUCCAGUUUGCCGCCGACAUGGGCGUCGCCUACGCCGACGUGCGCAAGGGCGGCGAGAUUGGCCACAUGAUCACGUUCAGCUCGGCCAAGAAGCGCAUGUCGGUGGUCGUCCGCGUCUCGGCGACGACGUGCCGCGUGUUUACCAAGGGCGCCAGUGAGAUCGUCUUGGAGCUUUGGCACUGCGGCAUCCUCUCGCCGAACGACGGGUCGCUGGUCAUGGAAGGCACCGAGUUCCGUCGCCGCGUCCUCGACUCGAACGGCAACAUCAUCCAGAGCGAGUUUGACAAGAUCUGGCCCAUGCUCCGUGUGCUCGCGCGGUCGAGCCCGAAGGACAAGUACACGCUGGUCUCGGGUCUGAUUGCGUCCAACGUCUAUCCCCACGGGCCGCAGGUCGUGGCGGUGACGGGCGACGGCACCAACGAUGCGCCGGCGCUCAAGAAGGCGGACGUGGGCUUUGCCAUGGGCAUUUGCGGCACGGCGGUGGCCAAGGACGCGUCGGAUAUCAUUUUGAUGGACGACAACUUCAAGUCGAUUGUGAACGCGGUCAAGUGGGGCCGCAACGUCUACGACUCGAUCUCCAAGUUCUUGCAGUUUCAGCUGACCGUCAACGUCGUUGCCAUCUCGAUGGCAGUGCUCGGCGCUGUCUUCAUCGAAGAGUCGCCGCUCUCGGCGAUUCAAAUGCUCUGGGUCAACCUCAUCAUGGACACGUUUGCGUCGCUGGCUCUUGCAACCGACUCGCCGACCGAGGCGCUUCUGGAGCGCAAGCCGUACCCGCGCACCAAGCCGCUCAUCUCCAAGAAGAUGACCAAGCACAUUGUGGGCCAGAGCGUCUUCCAGCUCGUCGUGCUCUUGACGAUGACGUUCUAUGGCGACGUCCUACUCGAUGUACCGUCGGGGCACAAGACAGGCCCGUCGAUCCACUACACGAUGGUCUUCAACACGUUUGUCUUCCUCCAGCUCUUCAACGAAGUCAACGCGCGCCGCAUCCACGACGAGCUCAACGUCUUUGAAGGCUUCUUCUCCAACAAGCUCUACAUUGGCAUCUCGGUGCUUCAGGCCGCGCUCCAGGUCAUUAUCGUGCAGUUUGGUGGCCUCCCGUUCAAGUGCAAGCCGCUGUCGUCGACGCAGUGGCUCAUCUGCCUCGGCAUUGGCGCCGCGUCGCUCCCAAUCGGCCUCGUCCUGCGCUUGAUCGAGACCAAGGACAUGCCCAAGGGCAUGGGUCUCCUCCGCGACGCCGAGCCGAGCGAAGGCUCGGCCGAGCGCGGAAAGGAGCUCUGGAGCCGCGGCGUCAUGCGCGUCCGGACGCAGAUCCGAGUCGUCAAGGCGUUCAAGCGCUCUAUGGGCGGGCGCCAGCUCGCACUCAACAAUUAG